AUGCAGCCACUCUCCUCCUUCACCCUCACCAACCUCCAGUGGGCAAACCAUGCAGUCGCAUCACGCAUCAUCACCUGCAUCGUCCUCGAAUCCCUCCUCCAAGCGCUCUUCGUUCCUUCAGAACACCCGGAGAAGGAUGGAUUCGUCGGCCUCUGUGUCCUCCUCGGGCCCAAUAGCAAGGUGCAUGCAGACGGCAACGCCCUUGCCUUGGGGCACAAGGAUGUCUACGCCAUCGUCCCCCUCCGCUCCCUCCCCGUCCUCAGCCCCAAGAGUCAGGAACUCCCAGUGAGGAGGAUCCUCCUCAUCGACCCGCUCGAGAUGUUCCCCUACGUGUACACCUUCCAGCCCCAAAUUGCAGACACGGGCGACGCGGCAAAGCUCGGUCACAAAGUGCUCGACUGCCUCCAAGCCAGCAUCCGAACCUCAGUUGACAACGAGGUCCUCGAUCAUCUCACCGCUGUCCAGCUGUGGGAAAAGUUCGCCCUCAUGGCCCAUGUCGAGGCCGACAUUGCCGAGGAGCUUGCGGAAGAGUUUGGGAGCUCUGUCGAAUGGCAGGCUUAUUCUUAUGACCAUCCGGCGGUGAUACCUACCCUGCAGUCGCCGAGUAUCAAGUGGGAGCAGACGAUUCUCGAGGGUCAUCCCACUCACCCGAUGAACAAGGCGAGGAAAUCGCUUCCUCCCAUGCCUGUCAUUACCCCUGGCUCGUACGACUUCCUUAACCCAACGAUCCGGAUCAUGCGCGUCCCAAGACGGAAUCUCAAGUUGCGCGGCGAAUUCGAGAACAUCUUCGAGCCCAUGGUCCAGGCUGCGGAGAAGAACGCGGGCCAGACGCUCACCCGCACGUCAAACUUCGUUCUCAUGCCAGUUCACGAGCUGCAGCUCCCAAAUAUCAAAGAGAAGUUCCCGGAGAACGAGGUGCUCGGAGAGGAGUUCUCGGUCAAGGCCGAGUCGCUUACCUCUACUCGCUCGGUGCUCAUCCCCGAGGUGCUGAGGAAACACUCCCUCAAGCUUUGCGUCAGUAUGAAGAUCUCAUCCGCCCUGCGCACCGUCACCCCCUGGACGUGCUUCGUCGGCAACGAGUUCACGCACAACAUCCUCCCUAAGUUGCAUUACGACCGCACAGCGCUUGUCGUCGAAGGCGAGGUUGCAAGUGCCGUCUCAAACAACCCAGACUUUAGCAUUGCGAAGCACUGCUCUACCGUCGUGCGCGAGAGCUACGAGCUCUACUCAGAAAAGAAGAACGAGCGCGUGAUUGUCUGCACCGCGCUGACGGAGAAAAUCCAAAGGCCAGACACGGACAUCACCCAGGCCGAACACGUGUUCGGUCUGGACACGGACGAAAAGCGUGUCGCAUUCCUGGAUCGGUAUGUCAAGAUCGCUGUUGCUGCGUUCCUCCCCCCGCUCCUGAUCGACGGAGUGGCUUUCGAGGCCCAUGGGCAGAAUACGAUGACCCGGUUUGAUAUGACCACUGGAGAGCUUGUUGGGUUCGCCAUCCGCGAUUUUGGUGGGAUCAAGGUUCAUCAACCUACGCUCGAGCGGUCGAUCGGCCAGAGACUUGCUGUCCUGCCUGACGACGCCGUCGGGACUGAAGACUUGAACGACUGCUUCAAGCUCUUGCACCACACGCUUAUCCAUGUUCAUAUUCACCGGCUCAUCCGUGUUCUGGGAUUGCACGAAGACGGCCGUGGAUGGGCCAUCGUCCGCAAGUACUUGGACGCAGCGAUCCCUCAGGAUCACGCGCUGCGCAAGGCCUGGCUUAGCGAGGAAGCGGCGUUCGUCCCCGCCAAGUGCUUUAUUAAGAUGAAGAUGACGGAGCUGUAUCGCGACUACAUCUACUCCCCGAUUCCGAACUUGAUCCAAUACAAGCCUCAGGAGGCGUGAAUUUCCCCCGCAGGCCGAACAGACCGAGUCGAAGGCGGAUUUUCUUUCUUUCUCUCUCUUUCUUUUUUGGCAUAGCGGGUUUGAGCACAACUCUGAGAGAUGCGAGGCGAUACCAAAAUCAAUUGCAUUGUGAAACAUGUAGGGAAUAGGAAUACUGGCUCGGGCGCCAAGAGACGCGAGGGUUACCAAUCAAUAUUAUCAUGGGCUGCAUUCAUAUCGCGUCUUUGGAUCGUAUGGAUUUCGAUGUGAGGGGCUGUUGAUCCCUGGAGGGUAGGAGUUGCCAAGAUAUCAGAAACGUGUGAGAUGCGAGUAGAUUAAGUGAAUACGCACGUUCGAGGACAAAAAGCGGAUGGAUCUACAGUUCCUGAGACGGUAGCCAUCGGUAGUAUAUAAUACACGAGCCAGAAGGCGGUUCCAUGCAACGAGGCCUAGAGCGGCAAGUGUAUCGUCAGAAUCGAGACUGUGGUUUCCAUUGCGGAUGGACGACAUGCUCGGAAUCUUCAUUUCCCACGCAAAUAACAUUGGACGUAUAAAUGGACAAGCCUCAUGUUGGACCACAGGUUCCGGUGGGAAGCAAUAAGCAUCCAAUCUGCUGCACCGGCGCUUUAACGAGGUCGUGCUAUAUACACGGCGCCCAUGAGUUCC